UAUUGAUAAUAAAUGAUGGAGCAAUAAUUUUAAACAAAUAGAUUUGGUUCAUCCAACUGCUAAAAUGGUAAUGUAUUAUAUAUUAAUAAAGGUUGGUUGAAAUCUCACAUGUAUAAAAUAUAGUGGCAGGAGAUGGUACAACUUCAGAUGUUGUAUUUGCUGGCGCAUUAUUAAAAUCAUGUGAAGUCCUUUUAAAGAAAGGAAUCCAUUCAACAAAUAUUUCAGAGAGAUUCUAAUAUACUCUAUAAAAUGCAUUUGAAGUAUUUUGGAAUGGAAAAACCUGUUGAUUUAGAUAAUAAAUAAUAGUUGAUUGUAUGUGUCUCAACUGCAGUAUUACCAAAAAUUAAUUUUUUCUAAUAGUGUAUAAUUGGCUCCACUUGCUGUUAAUCCAACACUAAGAAUUGUUGAUCCUCUUAAACCAAAUAAUGCCGAUCUUAAAAAAAUUAAAAUAUUUAAAAUUUAAGACGAACUAUUGAUUAUACUUAAUUAGUUCAAGGAAUUUUAUUCUCUAAUUAAAAAGCAAGUUAAACAAAUGUGGGCCUUUAUGCUAAAGUAGCUCUUCUAUAAUUUUAUUUAUCUGCACCUAAAACAGAUCUAGCGAACUUUAUUUUUAUUAAAGAUUAUACAG